UCUCUAAUUUGUUUUCAUUUUCUUCUUUCAGAAGCUUCAUACUACACUUACUAUUACCUGUUUUAAGACGCCUAAUGGACAACAAAUUUGACCCGAUGCUUCGUGAGCAGAGCUUUUCGCCUGGCUCCUCGGCACUGCAGGAAGAAGGUGGAACUGUCGAAUCUGGUGCCUGGGAUGUCUCUCAAAGCGCUAACUUCUCAACUGGAAGUCCUUCAGUGUCGCUACCUGCAGCGGCAGGUUCUUUAGAUGCUUCUAAGGUACCAGCUGAUGCACAAUCAAAGUUGGAUGACAUUUGGGGAUCCGCAGGCCCUACAACCGAGGCCCAGAAGCCACCAUCAGCUGAUCUUCAAAGUGCCACCAACACGGUCCGCCUCACCACGCCACUGACAAAAGAUGCAGGGAAACAGACUAUCAACCCUCUUUUAAAGGCUUUGCAAGAACAGAUUGCCAAACGCACGGCGGCAAUUGAUGCGGCAACAAAGGAGAAGCAGGCAAAGAUCCUUGCAGCCUCGAAAGAGUACAUAGAACAGCAGAAGUCAAAGCGUGAGAAGCAGAUCUCAGGAGCCAAGGAGUUGCAUAAAAAAAUUCAAGAUAACGAUGGUAAAAAGCUUGAACAAUUUCAAAAGAGUGGAGCGGUUUGGAAUGCGGUCGGGAUGAUUGUUGACCUUCAGAAGCCGAAUCCUUACUCAAAGAACACAGAGCGCAUGCGUUCCAUUUUAUCAACGCUUAAUCGACCUGAUGCAGUUGCUUCGAAAUAGAAUGAGGUUAAAAUUUAGAGGGUCAAUUUGACAUCUUUACCAAUAAUGAUUUUUUUUCCAUUAGUCCGUCUUUCCUUCACCCUUCCAGGAUGAAGAUGUCUAGUUGUGGUUUGCGAUACCUUAAGUUUUCUUUGACGUCUUUCUUUUUUAUACAUCGGUUUAUGUCUUCAUUUGUUCCAAAAGUAGCAUUUUGUCACUUUUUAGGAAAAAAAUACUUCCAAUGUUAUUGCUAAAUUAGAUGCGAUUGUAUCAGAAAAUAUCAUUUAAUGGAGGGCGGUCCCUUUUGUGCAAAAAUCGUUGAGUGAUGCUUGAAUGCGAAAGUGGACCCAUUCCUUGAAAGUAAAACUUGAUUU